CACAAAAGGUCAACUCUGUGCUUUUGUGUAUGUGCGGACAUGGAGACACUCAGCGGAAACAUGGAGCAUGUCUCAAAGGUAGGUAGAUACUUUGGGUGUGUGUGUGUGCCUCUUGCUUCAUGCCGUUCAUCCUGAAAGUCUGGCCCACACCCCUUUCAAGAUCUUUACGUGGCGGGAUGUCACAGACUGUGGGGGUGGAAUGGUUUCAAGGACAUCAAUAAACAGCUACCAGUGGAUGUCAUCACGAGCAGGCCAGAAGAAUCUGUUUGAUCCAACGCGAUCCAUCCACUUUACCUGGACAUGCGUUUCAUCUGUGUUCAGGAUGAUGCCUGGACAUUAUAGUCAGAGCACUUCUUUGCCCCCUGUCACCCCAGGCGCCUUCCGGCAUGAGGGCGUGUCCACUGCAUCCCCAGUCUUCCCAUUGGUCAAUGAAGAUGAGGAGGAGCCAGAGCCAAGUCCUGCCAAACAGACCUCUCCAGACCAAGUGAAUGGAGCCCCAACCAAACCAGCUUUUAUUGAUGGCGACAGGCUGCUUCAAUCAGAGUCUGUUACAGAUGCUGGUGACUGGGAUGACAUGGCUCUGACCAAUCAGAUGACCACGUCUCUGCCUGCACCUGCACACACAGUCAACACCGUUACCGCCACCCAAGACAACGCCACUCUCGCAGACAGCUCCUCCUCCUCGUCCCCUGUAAAGAGCACCUCCCUUGCAGGACUGACCUCCACCCUAGGGGACACAACAUACCCUGUCCCUGCUGGAGGCCACCUCACCACCUCUACUCCUCCUGUUUUAGAUACCACCCCACCUCCAUCCCAUGUUUUAACACCGAUCCAGUCCUCUGUCCAACCCAGCACCCCAGCACUGACCCCUGCUCCAACCCAAACCCUCACCACGGAGCACACCAAGACCUCCACCCCAGUACAUGUCCCUGCCGGCUCGCCUCACCAGGAGGUUCCAUCAGAGCUCACCGUUGGAGAUGAGGACAAAGGGCCACACCUCCACUCUCCUCUGGACCCUUUGCUGGCUAGCCUGGUCUCUAUCUUUAUCAUCACCACAGCCAUUGUCUCUGUUGUCCUCUUCCUCAAAUUCCGCCAACGGACCGAUCACCCUGACUUCCACCGACUGCAGGAUCUACCCAUGUCUUGUCUUCCUGUCCAGGAUGACUUGAUGGAAGGCACACCACUUUCCAGAUACACUUACACCUACUGAUGACGGAACCCUCUCAUCAUCAACAGUCAACUUUACUUCUAGCCCAGCUACACAGCAGACACCCAAUCGACCACCGUUUUGGAUCCUGGCAAAGCUUUUGACUGGAUUGGAGGCCCUCGGCCAGUGACCAUGUUGCCUCACUAUGAUUCCCCCUGCUGAGCAGUUUCCAAUUUGAUUGUAUUAUGUUAACAAUUAGAAGGCAUUCAAUACCCAAUCAGGGGUUGCAGUAUUAGGACAUCAGAGGUUCCGUUUCGACAUUAGGCCAACACCAUCAUUAUUCCCUUUGAAGCUUUCAGACGUUUCAUCUGCACAGAUGUCUGUUUUGUUCUUUGUAAUGUACCCCCCCCCCCCCCUCCUUAUACAGGUCAUACACAGCACAGACCACUUUAUUGUGCUAUAGAAACAGUCACAGUGCCCUCUAGGGGAUAUGAGUGGAAGUGGUGUCCCCAAAUGAGUUGGUAAUGUAUGAAGAAAACACAAUGCCACAUUUGAUGAUGUUGCCAAGGACCAUGAUAGAGGGGAAAUAGACAAGGAGUGAAAGAUGCUUACUGUAGAGGGACCUUAGGUGAUUUAAAUGUUCACCAGUCUCCAUGUUAUGGGACUAUUCUAAUCCAUGAACUGGCCAAACAUUUUUUUUAAAUAUAUCUUGGCAAGUCAGUUAACAAGUUCUUAUUUACAAUGACGGCCUAGGGUUAACUGCCUUGUUCAGGGGCAGACCGACAGAUUUUUACCUUGUCAGAAAAUUUAUUAGCUCUAGCUCUGGCCCAACGCUCUAACCACUAGGCUACCUGCCGCCCCAUGAGUGAAGUAUUCUUUCAAACCUGAAUGCCUAGUGGGUUGUCUUAACAAGGGCUUGAGUUUCUUGAAAAACACCCAUCCUUGGUCUUACUUGCAUGAGAACUGGUAAAGAUUCUGUAAUUGUAACCCCAAAAAGGCAGGGUAGCCUAGUGGUUAGAGCAUUGGACUAGUAACUGAAAGGUUGCAAGAUCGAAUCCCUGAGCAAACAAAGUCAAAUUCUGUCGUUCUACCCCUGAACAAGGCAGUUAACCCACUGUUCCUAGGCUGUCAUUGAAAAUAAGAAGUUGUUCUUAACUGACUUGCUGAGUUAAAUAAAGGCAAAAUAAAAAAACAUUUAACCAA